AACUAUCAUCAUUCGUGUUGUGUUCAUCGAGCAGGACGGAUUGACGUCGUGAGUGCAGCUGAUUAACUUUUUUUUACUACACUUUUCUUUUCCUGGUGCCCAUCCAUUGAGUUGCUCGCUGUAGUGCAUUUUUGAAACUGUGCCUUUUAUCAAACUCCAUUGUUUCGAAUAGAAAAUCUGCCCCAUCACAGCAAUGGCUUAUCAUCAGCUCGCUAAAUUUGGCUCCUUAUCGGGAAACAUCGCCAAGACAGCUAUGCGCAGCAUCAGCACCACGUCCGCCGUCUACGAGCCCCGCCGGCUGCCGGACAAGACGGGCAAGAAUGUCGUUCUGGUGGAUGGUGUCCGAACGCCGUUUCUGAUGUCCGGAACCGAUUACUCGAAGCUUAUGCCCCAUGAGCUGGCCCGCCAUUCACUGUUGAGCCUUUUGCGCAAAACCAAGGUCGACAAGGAGGUGAUCGACUACAUCGUUUACGGUACCGUUAUCCAGGAGGUCAAAACCUCGAACAUUGCCCGUGAAGCUGCCUUGACGGCCGGUUUCAGCAACAAAACUCCAGCUCACACCGUCACGAUGGCUUGUAUCAGCUCCAACCAGGCCAUUACCACCGGAAUCGGUCUGAUCGCCACAGGAACCUACGAUUCGAUCGUGGCUGGAGGAGUUGAGUUCAUGUCGGAUGUUCCAAUCCGCCAUAGCCGUAAAAUGCGAGCUCUGAUGCUGAAGGCCAAUAAGGCUAAAACAGCAGGCCAACGACUGCAGCUGUUGUCUAGCAUCCGGCCAGACUUUUUCGUACCUGAACUACCGGCGGUGGCAGAAUUUUCGUCCGGCGAAACAAUGGGACAUUCGGCCGAUCGACUGGCGGCUGCCUUCAACGCGUCCCGCCAGGAACAGGAUGACUAUGCUCUGCGAUCCCACACCCUAGCCAAGGAAGCUCAGGAAAAAGGCUACUUCACUGAUCUGGUUCCCUUCAAGGUUUCCGGUGUGGACAAAACUGUUGAGAAAGACAACGGCAUCCGUGUUUCGAGCAAGGAGGCUUUGGCCAAGCUAAGGCCCGCUUUUGUCAAACCCUACGGAACCGUUACGGCCGCGAAUGCUUCUUUCUUAACGGACGGUGCCUCUGCCUGCUUGAUCAUGACCGAAGCCAAGGCCAAGCAGCUGGGUCUCAAACCCAAAGCCUAUCUGCGGGACUUCAUGUACGUUUCUCAGGACCCGAUCGAUCAACUGUUGCUUGGUCCAGCUUAUGGAAUCCCGAAACUGUUGAAGAAAGCUGGCCUCACCCUGAAGGACAUCGAUGCUUGGGAGAUUCACGAAGCAUUUGCUGGACAAAUCAUCGCCAAUCUGAAGGCAUUGGAUUCCGAUUACUUCUGCAAGAACUAUCUCGGAUUGAACGAAAAAGUUGGAACGCCCGAUCUCACCAAGUGGAACAACUGGGGAGGUUCGCUCUCGAUUGGUCAUCCGUUUGCGGCCACCGGAGUUCGAUUGUGCAUGCACACCGCAAAUCGUUUGGUUCGGGAAAAUGGUCAACUCGGUUUGGUUGCUGCCUGUGCUGCCGGUGGACAGGGGGUCGCUAUGCUACUGGAACGGCACCCGGAUGCCGACGCGCAGUAAGCCAAGGAGCGGAUCCCCAGCAGCAGCAGGGACUGAUAGGAUGUUUAGGUUUAGGGUGAAAAGUUGUGUGUUGAAAAGUUUACGAUCAUAGGUAUGAAGGUUGGUUGCAUUUUUAGUGCUUCACUCUUGCUCGAGAUAAUCAUCGGGUUUCCAUCCCGGAGAAUCGAUUCGACGAGUUCCAGGAACCGUCAGUCGAACGUAAACUUUGGUUUCAUCAAAUACCUUUCUGUUUUUUUUAUUUUUAACCUUUUUUGUAUGGAUUUCUCGAUAUUCUAGCUAGGAAUAAAAUGUAACGAGUUAGGUUUAAUUUGUUAACUUCAUAUUUUGUGUACUAAAACCACCAUUAGAUACCAAA